CUGACUAGACGUACUUUUUUCUCACUACUUGCACAGCAACCAUAAGCUACAGUGCCAUACACCCUUCUCUUUAUAACGUACUGUCUUCUAUUCUCUGAAAUAUCACUCACUAUUCGCACUGAAGUUUGUGAUCAGAGUACUCCAUAUCUCUUUCAUUCUACAACUCCUUAAUUACUCCAUGUCUCUAUUAACAACACGGAGGUCUUGAAGCACUUCGAAGAGACUAUAUUGUUGCAUUGGAGAAUGAACGGCAAGAAGGGCAGUAUGGAGAUCAACAUUCCUUGUGCUACCACGAAGGUGAUGAAGCAGCACGAUAUCGAAGCUAAUGGUGGCCAGAAAUCUGGCAAGAAGGGAGGAGAAGGAGGAGAAAGCUUCUCCUUUAGAGCUUGGAUGCGGAGAGUUUGGGAUUUCAUCAAAGAAGAUAGCAACCGAGUCAAGUUUGCAUUCAAAGUUGGCCUUGCUGUGCUUCUUGUGUCUUUGCUUAUACUAUUUCGAGCACCUUAUGAAGUUUUUGGCACCAAUAUCAUUUGGUCUAUCCUCACUGUUGCCAUCAUGUUCGAGUACACAGUUGGUGCGACAUUUAACAGGGGAUUCAACAGAGCUCUUGGAAGUUUGCUUGCUGGAAUCCUGGCCAUAGGUGUUGCUCAAGUAGCACUAAGAUCUGGCCGCGUGGCUGAACCUGUCAUCAUUGGGAUUAGCAUCUUCAUUGUCGGAGCUGUAACAUCUUUUAUGAAACUGUGGCCAUCACUUGCGCCCUAUGAGUAUGGAUUCCGAGUCAUACUCUUCACUUAUUGUUUGAUAGUAGUAUCUGGGUAUCGAAUAUCGCUGGGAAAUCCCAUCAGGACGGCCAUGGAUCGACUCUACUCCAUAGCUAUCGGAGGGUUUGUAGCAGUCUUCGUGAAUGUCCUUGUUUUUCCCAUAUGGGCUGGCGAGCAGUUACAUAAGGAGCUAGUGAAUAACUUUAACUCAGUGGCUGACUCACUCGAAGAAUGUGUUGAAAAAUAUCUGGAAGAUGAUGGGGCAGAGCACCCUGAAUUCUCCAAAACUGUCAUGGAUGAGUUUCCGGACGAGCCUGCUUACAGGAAAUGCCGAAGCACAUUGAACUCAUCCGCAAAGCUCGAGUCGUUGGCUGUAUCUGCAAAAUGGGAGCCACCACAUGGAAGGUUCAGACACUUCUUCUAUCCUUGGUCAGAAUAUGUUAAAGUUGCAGCAGUUCUAAGAUAUUGUGCUUAUGAGGUCAUGGCCCUCCAUGGAGUUCUGCACUCUGAAAUUCAGGCGCCUUAUAAUCUCCGAAUCACAUUCCAGUCAGAGAUCAAAGAAGCAACAAGCCAAGCUGCAGAACUAGUAAGGAGUUUAGGCCAAGACAUCUGCAACAUGAAAAAGAGCACAAGAACAUCUCUACUAAAAAAGCUUCACAGCUCCACCGAGAAACUACAGCGUGCCAUUGACAUACACUCUUAUCUCCUCACCUCAAGUAUUGACCCCCCGGACAGCAACAACUUCUCCAAGCCACUUCCCAAGCUCCCUCAAACCUUAUCAAGCACUUUCUCGGACCUCUCAAACCAAUUACAGGCAGUUCAGCUUGAUAGCACCACUAGCCUGGAAAAGAACCAAAGCACACAGCAGCAGACUGCAGAGCCUUACCAUGAGUUAAUGAGGAAGCAGUCAAGAAGGCUUCAUUAUUCAUGGCCUCCGAGACAGGUUGAUGCUUUUGAGGAUGAUGGUUCUGCCGGUUCGGACUUCUUGCCUAGGAUGAAGGCAUUGGAGAGCACUGCAGCAUUGUCACUUGCUACCUUCACUUCCUUGCUUAUUGAGUUUGUGGCAAGGCUUGAUCACUUGGUUGAAGCAGUUGAUGAGCUUUCUAAAUUGGCCAAGUUCUAAUAAAUGAGGGAACACUGUACAAGAAGAACAUGUCCACUACAUAUACAGAUUUAAUAUCAUAUACAAAAGGGGAUAUCUGGGUAUAAAUUGAAUAUUUUGAAGAAGAAAAAAAGGGGGUAUGAGUGUGACCAUAGUCCACAUAUACAUAUAUAUUCCUCCACAAAUGAUAAGGAUGGACGAGAGAGGAAAUUGAAAUACAUAUGUGGAAAGGGAAAUUGAGAAAUAGUGUUGUUGAAUACGUACAUUUAUCUUGCAAUGAAAUAUUUCAGUUGAAUU